AUGGUUCAUUUAUAUUUCUCUUCAGUUGUGGUAACCAAAUAUGUCCCCUCAGAUGCUUCAAUACCUGACCUAGAUGGUUUCAGUCUUGAGCAUCUAAAGGCCUUUGAUGAUGAAAUCAGUGCUUUUUUGGACAAUAUGUUUGGACCUCGAGAUUUUCGAGUCAGAGGAUGGUUCAUGUUGGACUCCUACCUUCCCACCUUUUUUCUUACUGUCCUGUAUCUGCUUUCCAUAUGGCUGGGUAACAAAUACAUGAAGAACAGACCUGCUCUUUCCCUCAGGGGCGUCCUCACCUUGUACAAUCUCGGAAUCACACUUCUCUCCGUAUAUAUGCUGGUCGAGCUUAUUCUCUCCAGUUGGGAAGGAGGCUACAACUUACAGUGUCAAGAUCUCGCCAGUGCCGGGGAAGCUGAUGUCCGGGUAGCUAAGGUGUUAUGGUGGUACUACUUCUCCAAAUCCGUAGAGUUCCUGGACACAAUUUUCUUUGUUUUGCGGAAAAAAACCAGUCAGAUUACUUUUCUUCACGUAUACCAUCAUGCCUCCAUGUUUAACAUCUGGUGGUGUGUUUUGAACUGGAUACCUUGUGGGCAAAGUUUCUUUGGACCCACACUGAACAGUUUUAUCCACAUUCUUAUGUACUCCUACUAUGGCCUUUCUGUUUUUCCAUCUAUGCACAAGUAUCUUUGGUGGAAGAAAUAUCUCACACAGGCUCAACUGGUACAGUUCGUGCUCACCAUCACGCACACCAUGAGUGCAGUGGUGAGACCCUGUGGCUUCCCCCUGGGCUGUCUCAUCUUCCAGUCUUACUACAUGCUGACGUUAGUCAUCCUCUUCUUAAAUUUUUACGUGCAGACAUACCAGAAAAAGCCAGUGAAGAAAAAUAUGGAAGAGCCACCUGCAGGGAAAGAAGUUAAGAACGGUUUUUCCAAAGCCUACUUCACCGUGACUAAUGGGGUCAUCAACAGGAAAGCACAAUAAACGUCGAGUAACAGACAAAGCAUAUAUAAUAGCCUAACAGAUUCGCUUGUUUUAAAGCAAAGACUGAAUUGAAAGUUACAUGUUUUAGCAUAAACUAAUUUCUUUUGAGUUUAUAAAUCAUUUGUACCCGGAAUGUAUUAAUAUAUUGCUAUUAGCUUAAUCUGUUAACUGAAUGCUCCCGUCAGCACACCGUGUCACCUCAGACACCGAGCUCUGUAGACCUCAGACCUGGUGUAGCUUCUCUCUCCUCCUCCCCACAAACUGAACCCCUCACCAGAAACUGUUUCCAUAACGCCUUAUACACAUACAAAGCCAGGAAACAUGGAGCCUUGUUUUCCGAAGCCAGUCUUCAAAUAAAAAGUUUUAUUCAGAUUGAAAUGUUUAAAACAAAAUGGUAAUUACCUUCUAACCACAGGGUCUUAAUCUAUAUUAAGCAAUAAUUGCUUAGUGCUUAUUAAGCAAUAAAGUCAUUAGUCCAUUUGUCCCAUUAGGACUCAACCCCAGAAAAUAAUUAAAAUGGAUUAUACAUGGAAGACAGGAAAAUCUAGCACAACUUUUUUCUUUUAAGGUGCAGUCUGUCAAAUUCCUACACUAAGUCUCAACUUCGUGAUAUGGUAAUGAAAUUUGUAUUUUAUUUUGACGAUUACUUUUUCUAAGAAGAAAAAACAUCUUCUGCCAAAUCCUCAUAGCUCAGGGGCUUCAGAUAGGAGUUGUUCCUCAGUUUUAAUUUGGUUUCCAUGACUAUUCAUAUGUUCAUGUCUACCUCCUAUGUUAAAUUCCCCUACUUUAGGUUGUAAACACACACCUUGCUCAGUUUUGAAAGCAGGAUCUAAAUCUGGCCGCCCGUUUCCUUUCUGAUCAAGGAAUCUUCCCUUCUCCCUAGAAGGAUAAGCCACUGGAAUAUUUCUAAAUCAGAGCAGUUGGGGCAAAACAGACAUUGAGUUUUUCC